CUUAUUUCCAUCGGUACCUAUGUAUUCUCCGCCUCUUCCUCCCUGCCUGCCAAAAUUUUCUUCCCUUCCAUCCACUCCUCUCAUUUUCUACAACGACUGCCUCUUCCUCCUAUCAACAAGUAGUCGGCACGGAACUUCUCUUUCGACCCAAUAAUUUUGGACAGCUUGUCAUCAUGUGGCGAGGUCAUAAAUCCACGUUUGGGUAUCCCACCUCGCCCUCCACGGCUAGCUGGAGAUCUCGAAGGGCCCAGGCCUCGUCAGAGGAUAGUAGUGAUUCUUUCAGAAGGUUCGGCAUCUCGAACGUCAAGUUCCGCGUCGGAGCUCCCCCUCUUCGUCCGCUUCCUCUGAAGAGUGUCUGGGAUGGCCCUUGCGCUGCUCUCGAGAAUCGGUUCGGCAACAGACUUGUGGACCAAGCUAGUGAGAUUUUAUCAAAAAACGGCAUCACUGAUCCUGAGGUGUCGCUUACUUCCCGCAUGGUUCCUGGCGAGACCUGGACUGCCCAGCCUACCAUUUUCAUCGUCGCACAAUGGUCCGAACAAUCCCCAAGCAUCUGGGAGAGGUCCGUUAGACAGGUGAAGAAAUACGUCAAUACCAUGCUCAUCGGAUAUGAUGAGUUGGAACACUUGGAUGUCUGCGUCGAGAUGGUAGCGCGAGAAUUGAUCAUGCCGAAAUACCUUUCCCCGAUCCCGAACGACGCAAAAUUCCCAAAGCUGGAGGCAGACUGGCCCGUUAUCCAGGCCAACGUCUUUGAGAUUCUGGAGAGUUUCUUAUCAACAGCCUCGCACAUGACGGCAAUUGCUCUUUUCAAACUCGGAUACGACCCUGUGUAUGCCAAGAACCCUAACACUGUCUACAUCUCCCUCAAUUAUGCGUCAAAUGAGACAGCCUGGCCCCCAGUUGUCAAGAGGAUUCAAGAGUACCUUGAUGGCUUCAAUCAUGACCUCCAUGUCCACAUUGAGCACAACACCAUGGAUGAAUUUGCCUUCCGCUUGAUCCCAUCGAGUCUCACCGAUUCCGAGAAAGCAGACAAGGAAGCCCGCUUCAGCUUCGGAACUCGUCAGAAAUAUGAGACACAGGUCGGUCUCGGGGCCGACAUCGGCGCUGCUCGGUACAUCACAAGGGAGGAUGGCCAGGAGUGCAAUGCUCUCAUAGGAACCAUGGGUUGCUAUCUGGAGAUCAAGUCCGCUCGCUUUCCCAACUGGAAGAAGGUAGCAUUGACGAACUACCACGUCGUGCGACCUGCAAUCAAAGGAUACCAACUUGGCGUGCACAACGGCAAAUCAUCCAAGAGGGACCCUGUCGAAAAUUCGGACCUUUGGAAAGCAGAUAUUGCUGGAGUUUCCCCCAAUACUAUGCCCCAUCGUGAGACUAUGGAGCAUCCCACCCGAUCCAAGCACAACUUCGUCGUCGACAAGCUUCGCGGCUACAUGGCGGCCGACACUAGCCCCACCCCCGACCCCAUUACCCAGGCGAGCUUGGAUGACAAGAUUGCCUUCUUCGACCAGAAUAAGCAUCUUUUCGGUGGUGUUUGGGUUGGUUCGGGCUACACAAGACGCACGAAAAGGAAUGGCCGGCUGGACUGGGCUUUGGUGAUGCCACCCGACGACAGUCGCUUGUGCAACAACAUGCUCCCAGGCCGUGAUGACUGGUUCGCAAGGCACGCCUACUCUACGCUCCUGCCCAAUUGGACAACUUUCGGCGCGAGUCUCAAAAACCCCCCGAAGGGGGUAUCACUUCAUCAAGUUUCGCAGGGCGACCUAGUCUACAAGGUUGGGGCUAGCACAGGACCCACGGUGGGCCUAUUCAGCAGGAUCAAAGCGAAUUGCACGAUGGGCGAGGAGAGAUACAUGAAGCUGGAGAAACCCAAGUCGACGGAAUAUCUGUUCAUCGGUCGCGCCCCUACCAACCCCGACGGUCGAUUCGGAGAUAUUGGUGACUCUGGCUCGGUGGUAUUCGACAGAGAGGGCAGGGCAGUGGGAUUGCUGUUUACUGGACAGAGUCCUCAGCAAUGUCCUCCUGAUGGAUACUGUCUUGUGACGCCGAUCGAAGAUGUCCUGGAGGACAUCAAGGCAUUUUCUAAGGGACAGAUCACGGACAUCCGGGUUGCUGAGCCAUGAGCGUUUAGUAGACAGUCUGAUCAUGAAC